GCCUUAUAACAGGAUAUCUCACUGGCGCGAAAAACGCACUGUGUGGCUUUCUAUUACACAUUGUGGGGCGGACCUUGUGCCUGUUGUUUGAGUGAGCCCCGGCUUCAUUUUGUUGCUUUACUACUUAGAAAUAAACCGUAAAGUACGCGCUGCGUCGAAACACCACGCAUCUUGUGGAUCCAGCAGCAGCAACUCGGACCGCUUUUAUCCGUCUGAUCUCCGCGCACCGUGGACACUUUGCUCUUUGGCUGCAGAGGGGAUUUUCAAUGCCCUGAAUUUGGCUGUGGGAUUUUGCGGAGAGCCGGUUGUGCAGGGCGUUCUUCAGAGGCCACUGGUGUCAUUGGAUCAUUUCUGGGAAUAAACUCUAGAGGACUUAACUGGAAACAUGGAGUUCGACUGUUACCAGCACUAUUUUUUUAACGAUUUCGACACGGAGGAGGAUUUUUACAAGUCGACCGCACCAAGUGAGGACAUAUGGAAAAAGUUCGAGCUGCUGCCCACCCCUCCCAUGUCUCCCACCCGGACUCUGAGCGGCGGUGCGCUGCAACUCUCGCCGGGAGACAAGCUCAGCUGGCUGUCCAAAGUCCUGGGUCAGGACGAGGAGUGCGAGGGACAGUUCAUCCCCGACACUGGGGAGCUGUUCGGCAACCUCAGCUCCAUCAUCAUCCAGGACUGCAUGUGGAGUAGUUUCUCAGCCAGUAAGCAGCUGGAGAAGGUCAACGGGAGAGUGUCAGCUGCGGCACCGACCGUCGUCUCCCCGGUGGCCCAGAUCUCCGUGAGACCGAGCAAGGCGCAGUGCGUCUCUCCAAGUGGCCCGCUCGCCACGUCGGCGACAGACUGCGUCGACCCCGCGGCUGUUCUCACCAUCCCGGCAAGCAGCUGCAGGAAGCCGGCGUCGUCUGGCUCCGAGUCUCGCUCUGAUUCCUCUGAUGAUGAAGAGGAGAUUGAUGUUGUCACUGUGGAGAGCAAGCAGAACCGGGUCCGGCUGAUGAAUGUCAGAAAACCGGUGACCAUCACGGUCCGGGCCGACCCCUGCCCCAAACGCUUCCACAUGUCUGUCCACCGGCAGCAGCACAACUAUGCCGCCCGCUCCCCAGACAGUGAACCAGAACACGAUGAGGAGGAAGACGACGACGAUGAUGAUGAGGAGGAGUCUGAGGAAGAGCCUCAAAGCAAGCGUACCUGCACAGCAUCCAGCCAGCAAGCUGGUUGUUCGGCUCGAUUCUCCCAGCCUGCCUCCCCCUCGGAGACCCCCCAAAACUCAGACGCAGAGGACACUGACCGCAGGCGGAACCACAACUUCCUUGAGAGGAAGAGGAGGAAUGACCUCCGGUCUCGUUUCCUCGCCCUACGGGAUGAGAUCCCCGGUCUGGAGUCAGCCAAGACCCCAAAGGUGGCCAUCCUGACCCAUGCAACAGAGUACCUUGUGGAGCUGCACGCCAAGGAGAAACGGCAGCUCCAGGAGAAGAAACGCCUCAAAGCCCGACAGCAGCAGCUCCUCCGCAGAUUAUCUGAACUGAAGCGCUCCUGAGACAUGUGUGCAUUUGAAAUAAACUGCCUCGUUCACAGUCAGGAACUCUUACUCUCAAGUUACCUGUCAUUUUUGAAAAGCUACAGUUUUUAUAUAACAACAUGCCUCGUGUAAAUAGCUGUGAAUUUAGUUUGGAAUACAUUCAUAUUGCUGUGGGCUUCCUAUUAAUUGACUGCCAAUGAACCUACUAUGGGGAGGAACAGUUAGUGUGCUGUGUUUUCUUUUUUUCUCUUUGCACAGUGUUUUAGUUAUAAACGGGGUAACAGAAUUGAUUUUAUAGCUAUGACUAAGAUAUUUCCUGUUAUGCUGUGAUGGGAAGUGGGAAAACCUGUCAGAGAACCAGUGUGAUAGUGAAUCUAUGUAGCCUUUAGGAUGUUUGUGUGUGGAAGGUGGUUGAGAUGUCUUCAUUUCACCAUUGCACACUUAUAAUGGAGUGAAGUGUGAAUGCCUUUCUGUGUACAUAUGAGUGAAUGAGUCAGUUCCUGGUUUGUUUGGACUGUACGACUGAUUGUUUGAUGUACAAAUUGUUCUGUAAAUAAUAGCUUAUCACUCCUGGUGAAGGAGACAAAAUCAAGAGUUGUCAACGAGCUUUGCUCCUCUUUAUGACAUGCCACCAGGCAUCGAGGAAUCUCUAUUUUGUUAAGAAAAUAGGAAAAAUGGGCAAAAAAAAGAAUAAGUAGCACUGCUGUACUUUAUAUUCACACGUCACUUUGUGAUUUCAAUGCUUCUCCUGAUUUUGUUGAUUUUUAAAGCAUGCUAACAUCAACAGCAACAUUAAAUUUUUAUACCACAUUUGCAUACAAA